GAUAUACUCACACAGGGCUCAUCUCUAAAUAGAAGCCUUUCAAAUUAUGAUCAGCAACACCAUUUUGCCGUAAAAUAAAGAUUGAGAGGUUUCUCAUGUGUAUCCUGUAUUAUCAUCCUCACCACUUCGAAUCUGUUACCAUCUCAUUACCAUCUACAGACAAUACAAUUAUCCAUAUAAAACGUAUAAAUACCCCACCAUCACCACCUUGUUACAUCUGUGCUCCACACUGUAAGGAAUCGAGUCUUGAGAUAUCCAAAGGGAAAAAAGUGGAUUACAGCUUCAGCUGCACAACACCAGAGGUGCAUUUCAUCAUGGAAAUCAAUAGGACUAUUGAUUGCAGCUUGGGUAUGUGUCCUUUAAAUAUUAGUCUACAUCCUUCCAACUUAGAUGGCUUAAAUCGGACCUUCUUUUGGAGCAUCUUGACCUCUAAGAACCAUGGACUUGUACUGGGCUUCUCUACUCCAUGGAAACAGAUACAUCCUUCGAGCCGGUGUUCAGACCUUGUUGGCUUUAACGUCAGCACAUAUGUUCGUGAUGUAUCCUACAACAUUGGAAGCUUCUGCAGGAAUGGUACCAUAACACGUAUUAAAGUACAGGAAAGAGGAGUCAUUUCUUUAAGUUUGCCAUGGAAUGUUAAUAUCAAAGAUCCUGGAAUUAGCAUCACAAACAGAUCUUCCAUUAGAAGACUGAGUAUUGUUGAAUCCACUUUCCAUCAACAGUCAGUGGUAAAUUUGUUGUCUGCAAACUACCCAGGUCCAUUCCCUCACAAUGAACAAAUGACCUGGAAGUUCAUCUUUCCUGAAAACCAUGCAGCCAGUGUCGAGUUUUUAAAUUAUACUCUUCCCAUGUGUGUGAAAAAGGAUGAAAACGUAUUGUACUACCUACCGAAAUCCACCCUGUUAAAACUGACAGCUAAGCAGCCAGCAAAUAUACUGGGCAACUUCAAUUUAUCCCUACAAAACUGUGAAGUGGAUAAACAGAUAACUGGUCACCCUGGUCUAAGUUUGAGCUUCAAUGUCACCAUUCAGAAAAGUCAAGGAAAUCCACUUUAUCCUCUGGAUUUAACCACAGAAAAAGGUCUAGUUGUGAGUAUACACAAGAAAUCAUAUGGACGUACAUUUACCCCUGUAUGUGUCAUCUGUAAGGGUCCUACUGACUGCGAUUCUAAACUUGUGAUUGAGGGAGGAAAAUACUACAGAAUCUCCUUUCUUUGUGACAAUGUGAGCAGUCUGGUGGUAACAGCAGAAAAAACAAUAGAAUGCUGGAAUCUUGCCACCUGUAACAUAAGUAACAUGCCCCUCACCAUUCCUCAGUCCUUUAUUGACUUUCCUGUACAGCUGGAGAGUUUCACCUGGAAGUUGAUAGCUCCGGAAUACAUCAGUACGGAAGUCGCCUCGAAGUCCAUAUACCUACAACAGAGCGUUUCAAAUAAACCUUGCAAUACAACAACUGCAGGGUUUACAUAUGAUAUCUUGAGUUGCACUAGUAAAAACGAUUUUAAACUUGGGACUUUUUGCCCUAAUGGAUCAAUUGAGAAGAUUCAGAUGCGAGACAAUGUUACUAUAAUCUUAAAUGUACCAAGGAAUGGAAAUCUCAAAAAACUACUGACUCAUGACCUCAACGUCUCUUUUGUUUCAUACAUUAAAGAGGAGUGCAUAUUCACAGUCUCUCCAAAAACUACAGACACUAUUUACCUACAAACGCCACAUUGGGACUACGGGCUUCCAGAUUACGUGUCUCUUUCAUGGGGUAUAAAUUUACCUAAAAAACUAUCUGGGAGGCUGAAAUUUGAUAAAGACAAGAUGGACAUAUCAUGUGAAAUGGGCCGUGCAAACGUCUAUGUAAAGGAACAGACAGAUGACGGGCCAGGCAUCAUACGAAGAGAGGAUGAAACGCUACCAGGGCCAUUGGAUAUGUACUCUGCAUUCUGGGUUAAUGUCUCUAACUGCAAACCAUGGACUGGAACAAAGAAGCUCAAACUGCAGUUGACCAUUACCUUCAAUCAAGUAUCCCCAGUUUUAAAAAUCCUUCUAAUAUCGGUAGCUACAGUGGUUGCUGUUGUUUUGACAGUAAUAGCAAUAGUUUGCUGCAUUAAAAGACAGAAAAAGCAGAUUGAGGCUCCUGUGGGUAUAUACAACUCCAAGGUGAACACAGAGGCACCUCGACGUCAAGCAUUUUUUAAGAAGGGAAGAAAGACCAAUGAGUCCCAUAUCUAUGCAGUCAUUGAUGAUACAAUGGUCUAUGGCCACCUCCUACAGGACACCAAUGGAACGGACGCAGAGGUUGAUGUGUACCGACCGUUUGAGGGCCCCAUGGGGGAUGUUCCACCUGUUCCUCCAAUCACUUUUCCUAAUGAAAGCAUGAAAGAUGAUGCAAAGGAGACAAGUAUCAGAGAAGAAGUAAACAAUGGAAGUGUCAAUGGAGAUCUAAGGGAUGAAACCCUUGCUCUUUCAAUGAAAGAUAAUGAGAUUUAUGUAUUUUCUAAAUCAAUUUCAAGGCAACCAGUAGAAAAUGAGGAUACUAGUUUACCCUACAUGGAUGACUCAAGAAGUGUAACUAUGUCAUCUGUGUGAUCUGUAUGUGUCAAAAAAAUACAUUCAUAUUUAUAUUUUGAUGCUAAUGAAGACCAUACCUCCUACGGUAUGUCCAGGGAGCGGCAGAACAUCCUUUGGCAAAGAAAUGACUCCUAUGUGCUGCAAGGUUCUACAGUCUUUACAGAAGAGCUCACUUAUUAAUGUGAAUAACGUAUGCGUCAGCACCUCCGAGACGCCACGUACACUGGAUAUAAAACCAAUUUUUAGUUUUAUAUUUAUAGAAAUGUGUGAAAUGUGUACCUGUCUUAUUACUCCACACAGAAUAUUAUACUUAAGAGAAAUAGUUCUUAUCCAAAAUGUAAAGGGGUUGUGCACGGUUAAAACAGAGUGGCUGCUUUGUUCCAAAAGUACUGACACCUCUUUCCCUGGGUUGUCUCUGCUAUUGUAACUUAGUCCUAUUCAUUUCAAUGGAGCUGAGCUGCAAUGCCAGAUAAACCAUUGAACAGGUGUAGCAUAAUUUAAGAGGUAAGCAGCCAUGUUUUCUAAUCUCAUACAACUCUAUUUAAAAGCCUAAGGGUGACAUUAAAGGUGUCUCAAGAUGUGAAUAUGUUGUCUAAAGUCUAAAAAUGUUUACAUUUAGCUUUUAUGCUCUGUUACUCUACUACCAAUCCUCCAGUUUACUGGCCAAUUUACCAAAAUAGUGCAUACAGACAUGUCAUAUGGUGGCAUGUCAAUGUAACUCUUGUCUUGUUGGUCCUAUUUAUUUGUGUCUUUAAAAAAAAAAGUGUGGUCACUAUUUAAGAGUAAUUUUAGUUGAUCAAAGAACAUGUCAGCAAGUGUUUAAGGAUGGCAGUGUGCUU